UCUAAAAAUCCUCCCAUUCUCUUUCUUCUCUCUCCAACCACCACCAACCACCGGUAAUGGCGUCGCCACCAAAUCUCCCGAUCUCAAAUCCCCAAACAACCACCGUAGAAUCCUCACAACCACCAAUAGCAACACCAGCAUUCCGUCUCUUCAUCAACCAUCUCACAGACACAGUCCGCAAUGGUUUCGCACAACGCCGUCCCUGGUCAGAACUCGUAGAUCGCUCCUCCUUCUCUCGUCCAGAUUCACUUUCUGAAUCCAUCUCUCGUGCUCGCAAGAAUUUCACAUACUUCCGUGUAAAUUACAUGACGAUCUUAGCUGCCGUUGUUGCAUUCUCGUUGAUUACAAAUCCGAUCUCGUUACUCGUUCUCGGUGGUUUAUUAGCGGCUUGGGUGUUUCUGUAUCUGUUCCGUCCAUCAGAUCCGCCGUUGGUUUUGUUCGGAAGGACGUUUACUGAUAAGGAAACGUUGGGGUUACUGUCGGUAUCGAGUGUUGUUGUGAUUUUCUUGACGAGUGUUGGAUCUUUGUUGAUUUCUGCUGUUUUGAUUGGAUUAGGGAUUGUGUUUGCUCAUGGUGCUAUGAGAGUUCCUGAAGAUUUGUUUCUUGAUGAGCCUGAACAGACUAAUGUUGGUUUCUUGUCUAUUCUUGGUCUUGGUGGAUUCAAUUCGGCUUCAAAUCCAGCACCAGCACCUCCUACUGUUACUGGUCGCGUUUGAUUGGUGAAAUCAAGAUCUUAAAAUCUCAUUCUGAGAUGUGAUUAUAAUGAGACACGCAGCAUUGAAAGUAACUAAUCUGUUAUGCUUGCUUUACACAAACAUGGCUUCCGUGCAUUAUUGAUUGAGGUCCUUUUGUAGGCCAUACGAGACAUGCUUUUCUUCUGUCCAGUGUUCAUUUUAUUGUAAUUUAUGAAUUCUGACAGUGCUGUCUGCAAUUGCAAUCUCAACUCCUGCAUUAGCUUUGCAGCAGACAACAGGCAGCAAAAGAGUAACAAGAGACACACACACCUUUGGAAGUAACUAGCAUUAUACAUUCUUGCACAUUGUCCCUUAUUGGAGGGACACUAGCACAGCCAUGGCUUGAGAUCCUUAUGACUAGCAUACUUGGAUAUGCCUUUUCUUCUGUCCUGUGUUAAUUUUAUUUGUCAUUUGCAAAUUCUGUCGGUGCUUUCUGCAAUUUCUAUCUCAACUCUUCCAUUUUUGUGGCAAACAACAGGAAACACUGAAACAGUGAGAUCGCAGUAACAACAUAAUCUGUAAAAUUUGACUAGAAGACCUUGGUUUUUUCAGCUUCA